AUGGUUCCUGGGGACAUUGAACUUUCCGUCCUGAAAAAUUCAACCGCAGUAACCAAGCUCUUUGAAAAGGCGACAAAUCUCUCACCGAAUAGCCUUCAAGCGCGUCAUAACUACUGUGUGACCGUCAAUGAGGAUACUGGUGACCUUGAGAGGGGUGAGGAAUGUCUCAAAUUUGCCUCCUCGCUUGCUGAUUCCAACAAUCCAAAUGACGAAUUUGUUUUCCCACACUUGGCUAUGAUUCGAGCCAAACGACAAGCAAGGGAUCCGUUGACUUAA